CUUCGUGUUCCCUCAGAUACUCGGUCGGAACUUGUAUGCCGAGUCAAAUAUUGCAACACCCUACCGGAUAUUCCGUUUGACCCAAAGUUCAUCUCCUAUCGCUUUGAUCCGAACAGGUUUGUCUCCUACAAAGCUACUUCAUUGGAACUUAACUACAAGCAAGACUUACUCGCAGAGCACGACCUGGGCGUCACGGUUGACCUCAUUGACCCCAAAACUUACGAGACUGACCCGAAUUCUGUUUUGCAUCCCGAUGACGAAAAGUUGCUUGAAGAAGACAAUAUCACACCACAGGAUUCUAAAAGGUCAAGGAACCACAACAUGGUCAUCCCCUGGCUGACGAAGACCGAGUACAUUGCGACCGAGUUCAGUCGAUACGGCCGGACGGGCGUCAAUCCUGAAACAGAGGUUGGCUACAAAGUCAAGAAACUGUCCAAAAAGGAAGACUCGUACAUGGACAAGGAGAGGCAAAUCAAAGCCAUCAACAAGACCUUCGAAGAGGCCCAAAAGCCAAAUGAAGACCAUUACAGCAAGCCCAACGUUAAGGCCGUGAAGGUGCUGCCACUUUUGCCCGACUCAGACUUAUGGAAAUACCCAUUUGCGCAUGUCAUGUUUGACUCUGAGCCAGCACCCAUCACGCAUUUGAAAGAAAUGUCUCGGGCCAUGAUCAGAGCUGUGAUGGAUGAAUGCGGAGAUCAGUUUGUCGCCUACUUCCUCCCGACCGAAGACACCAUGAAGAAACAGAAUAAAAAUGUAGAGCAGGGCAUGAGUUACAUGGACGACGAUGAAUACCAGUACCGCAUGGCUCGCGAGUACAACUGGAACGUGAAGAACAAGGCAUCCAAAGGAUAUGAAGAAAACUACUUCUUCGUCUCCCGGGAUGACGGAGUGUACUACAACGAGCUCGAAACGAGUGUGCGGCUGACAAAGCGUCGUCUCAAACCUGGCCUCCAGCUGAACAACUCCAAAUAUAUAUAUAUAUAUUCUGGAUCUUCGCACACGCGCAUCGCAUUACAGCAAGCCAGGCUCAAUCAACUGGAGCAACCUCAAGAAGAGGAGGAGGAAGAGGAAGCAGAGGGGGAGAAAGAGGAAGCAGAAGAGGAGGAGGAGCUAUCAGAAGCCGAAAAGGAAGAAGAAUCUGCCAAGGCGAAGAAAGCAGGCCCAGACGCAGAGUCGAAGGUGGAGGAGGAGUCGGAGGGAGAGUGCGAGGCUGAGGUGGAGAAUGGAGAACAAGGCAAUGCCCGAUUGAUAAAAAGGUUGGCUUCAUCGUCGUCGUCCGCAUCUGUGCAUUCGUCGAGCGAAGAGGAAGAAGAGGAGAAGAAACGCCGUGACGAAGAGGAGAUCUUCGGCAGUGGGACUGACAGUCACUAA